AUGUCUGGGUAUCCUAACAAUAAUUGGGAGGAUCACCAUUCCGCAGUACGCCGUCAUUGGAAUAGGAGAGAAGAGUUCGUGCUACGAGAUUUGGAGGAAGGAGAUCCUGGUUCCGUAUAUGAGGGGUACUAUGAAUGGUUUAUGGUGAACACUGUCAGAUUGAUAUCCAAUCCCGGUAAUUAUGAACCUCAAGGAUACGAGACUUCUUCGAGCCGCGUGAAAUUAUAUGGUGAAGUAUUGAACAACAUUCGCGUGAGUACCGAGAGGUUUAGAGAAAAACGAGAAGAUGAUAAUCUCCUAGACGAAGAACUUGACAAGCAUUUGGACGAUAUCAUCAAUCAAACACAUGUUGCUUUAACCUUGGGCGCAAAUGAUGAGAUGGAGGUGGAUGAUACCCAAAUCCUGGUUGAUGAAGAUCCAUUUUUUCCCUCACAACCUCCGCCGGGUAAAAAAGCGAAACCGUGGUCAAGAGAUAAGAUUGGAGGAGGAAGAAAGAGAAAGGUCACAAUCCCCCCUCGGACAUCGCAACAACAAACUGAGGGUCAACAAAAUGAGGAUCAAGCACAUUCCUCUCGAGGCUCGCGCAUCCAGGUCGAGACUCAUUUUGAAGAAGCUGGUGGACCCGAGACUCAGUUUGACAUUGGUGGACCCGAGACUCAGUUUGACAUUGGUGGACUGAGACUCGGAGAGUCCGACGGAUCCGGCUCCAACGAUGACGACGUCGGUGUCGGCGUAGGUGAUCAUGUAUCUCCGGGUCAUUUCACGGGCAACAAUGGAUUCUUUGAUGCGUUGGAAGGUGAAAUCAUCGAGGUUGUAAGGCGGCGUGUUGCUGUACAUGGAGAUGGAGAGGUUCUGUGGGGUGCCCGGUUUCCCAGAACACCUGGAAUAUGGACAAAAGAACAAGUCGAGGCAUGGAAGCCAAUUGUGAAAGCAGUCCAUGGCAAAGGUGGUAUCUUCUUUUGUCAAAUGCGGCAUGUGGGAAGAGUUUCAAACAAUGUGUUUCAACCUAAUGGACAAGCUCCAGUAUCAUCUACAGAUAAACCUGUUUUUGCUACUGAUUUUUCAAAAUUUCCACCACCGCGUCGAAUAAACACUGAAGAAAUUCCUCAGAUUGUUAAUGACUUCAGACUCUCUGCUAUUAAUGCAAUUGAAGCAGGUUUUGAUGGAGUCGAGAUUCAUGGUGCUCAUGGUUAUCUAAUUGACCAGUUCUUGAAAGAUCAAGUUAAUGAUCUUUGUAAUGCAAUUGGAGCUGAUAGAGUUGGAAUCAGGCUCUCCCCUUUUGCUGAUUAUUGUAAUUCAGCAGAUUCUAAUCCGCUGGCUUUAGGUCUCUAUAUGGUUGAAGCCUUAAAUAAGUUUGGAAUCGCUUAUUGUCACAUGAUUGAACCGAGGAUGAAACUUCUUGGUGAAAAGUUUCAAUGUGAUGAUAGCCUUUUUCCAAUGAGGAAAGCAUUCAAAGGUGCUUUUAUUGCUGCAGGAGGGUAUGAUAGGGAUGAAGGUAACAUCGUUGUGUCUGAAAAUCGCGUUGAUCUUGUUGCAUACGGGCGUUUGUUCUUAGCGAAUCCAGAUUUGCCUAAGAGGUUUGAGUUGAAUGCCCCUCUCAAAAAGUAUCACAGGGAAACUUUCUAUACAGUGGAUCCUGUUGUUGGUUACACCGAUUAUCCAUUCCUUGAAAUAACUUCAUAA